AUGGCAGACAUUGAAAAGGUUCGCGAGGCCAAUGAGCUUCAGCAUGAAAAAGAGAUUCUCUCCAAAACCAAUGAUAUCGAGGAUAUUGACGCAAGCUAUGCACAAGCAUUCGUCAAGGCUAUUGUUCCUGAAACCGAUGAUCCUAGUACUCCCUCACUCUCAGUUCGUAUGAUUCUUAUCGGCGCUCUCUUUGCUGUUGCUCUUGGUCUUUUGAAUGGCAUCUUUUCUUUCCGUACAAACUCCUUUUACAUUUCAGGCAAUGUUGUUGCCUUGCUUUCGUAUCCCAUCGGUGUAUUCUUUGCCGCGGUUCUCCCUCACGGCAUCCUUAACCCAGGUCCUUUUUCUAUCAAGGAGCACGUUCUUGCAUACACUAUUGCGUCGGCUGCUGGUGGUGCUCCAUACGGCAUUGAAAAUGUUAUUGGUCAAAAAUUCGACAAAUUUAUGAAUGAUACCAAUGUUACUUUUUGGAACUCGUUUCUGUUCAUUCUUACAACCCAAAUGGUUGGAUACGGUCUUGCUGGUAUGACCCGUCGUUUUCUAGUUCGUCCUGCUGCCAUGUACUGGCCCACUUCUCUCCCUGUCGUCGCGCUCUUUGUUUCUUUCCAUGAAAAGGAAGAGAGUGAGGAAGUCAGGAAAGUCGGAGGUCUUUCCCGCCAUGCUUUCUUUUGGAUUGCAUUCUCAUGCAUGUUCCUGUGGCAAGUGUUCCCCUCCUUCUUUGCUCCUGCUCUGCAAGCUCUUUCCUUGCUGUGCAUGAUGUCCAACAACCGCGAUGCUCGCAUUUUUGGAUCUGCUACUCCCAAUACUGGCUUCGGUAUUCUCUCCUUUACUCUUGACUGGUCCAACUUUGGCACCUACUUCAUGCCCUUGUCGACUCCAUGGUGGGUGUCGGCCAAUUUCUUUGUUGCCAACGCCUUUAUUUUGUGGAUCGUGGUUCCCAUCGUCUAUUACAAAAAUGCAUUCCAUAACCCCACAAUCAAGGGUGCGUACGUCUUUCAAGAUGGUAGCGAUUUCCCCCGAAUUAACUCUCCAUCUCUAUACGACAGAACUGGCUCCAGGGUUAAUCCCACCAAGUUUUAUAACCAGGGAAUUUAUGAUCUCAAUACCACUGCUUAUGAAACUUAUGCUCCCAUCUAUCUUACUGAAAAUUUUGCGGUUACCUACGGUACUUCGUUUUUUGCCCUUACUGCUGGUAUCAUGCACGUCGGACUCUGGUACCACAAGGACAUUGUACGUCAAACCAAAGAGAUGCUUGCUCAGGUCGGCGAGGAAACUCCUGAUAUUCACAACGAACUCAUGAAGGCUUAUCCAGAUAUUCCCGAGUACAUGUAUCUUGGCUGGUUUGCUUUUUGGAUGGCUAUUCAGUUUAUGGUUGGAUACCUUACUCCCUUCAAACUCUCAUGGUGGGGUACCAUCCUGGGUUUCAUUAUUGGUAUUGUUUUCCUUGUCCCAUAUGGAAUUAUCCAAGGCUCCACUGGACAGCAGCUUGGUCUUAACAUUUUGACUGAAUUACUCAUGGGUUUGAUGAUUCCUGGCCAAACCAUUCAGGUCAUGACAUUCAAAUCGUAUGGUUACAACAUCAUGAUUCAGGCUCUUGCGCUUUCUUCUGACUUGAAGAUUGGCCAUUAUUUGCACAUCAAUCCCAUCCACAUGGUCUUUUCUCAGUUGUUUGGUACCAUCAUUGGUGCAGCCUGCAACACUGCCUCUGUCUGGAUUGCCAUUUCUUAUUUCCCUCUCGAUACUCCUGACUGGACUUAUCCUGGCCACACCACUUUCUACAGCGCCGGUGCUAUUUGGGGUGCUAUUGGUCCAGCACGUUUCUUUGGUCCAUCUUCGCCAUAUUAUGCUCUGAACUUGGGUUAUCUGUUUGGUUUGAUUUUACCCGUUCUCCCCUUUCUCGGUAACAAGUUUUAUCCCCACCCAUACUGGCGCUUCAUUCAUUUCCCCAUCAUGACCAAUAUCUUUUACACUGGUGGUAUCAUCUCCGCCGUAUCCUCAUUCAUUAUUGUUGCAUUCAUUUUCCAGUACGUCAUCUUCACAUAUGCUCACGGCUGGUGGGAGAAAUACAACUACGUUCUCUCUGCUGCCUUUGAUGCUGGCUCGGGUAUAGCUGUUCUUAUUACUACUCUUGUUGGCUUUAAGAUUGUUAUUCCUCCUUCGGCCGUCAACCCAGCCAUGUAUGAUUUCUAUUGCACUGGCACCAACUGGGAUGAUGCGCAAUUCCAAUAA